AAAAAUAGAUUGUGGAAUAAUAAAUCUUGGAUUUUUCACAACGACCAAACCAAAGAAGUCGCAUCUUCAAUAAGAAAAAAAUUGAUUGACACAAACAUUUCUGGCCUUGCAAGUCACAGUUCUCCAUUAAAAGUCUAAAUAAAAACGUGAAAAAUUCAUAAUGUUGUCAUUCGUCAACAGUCAAACACGAUACGCUGGUUGUCCUUUUUCAGUCGUUGGUACUGUAUUUUGUUUGGAUUAAUACAAUUCGUUUCUAGAAUAUAAAUACAUAUAUAUAUUCAUGACUUAAAUCUCUUUAUAUACGAAAACAAAUACAAGUCGCUAAUUUUGGAAAGUCCAAUUAGUAUAGUCUUCCUGAAAAAUCAGCAAACUUACAAAAAGAUAUAAAAUUCGACGGCCACUAUUAUUGCUCUUUCCAUUAAUUUCUUUCAUGAUAUAUACAGACAUCUGAGAAUCAAAUCUCAGAUAUGGCAGAGUUUAAAAGAAACCUUACCUUGGUCACGACCCUUUCGAUUUUGCUUCAACUAUGCAGCAUCGUAUCUUGCACCACAAGCACCUCAAUCACCAGAAACAACACCAUACGAGACGGAGACGCACUGAUCAGCGAGGAAGAAGUCUUCGAGCUCGGAUUCUUCAGCCCGAAAGAUUCAACCUUAAGGUAUGUCGGAAUCUGGUACAAGAACAUCGAACCUCAAACAAUUGUCUGGGUAGCAAACCGAGAGAGGCCAUUGUCUGAUCACAACGGAGCUCUGAAGCUUGCAGAUGACGGGAACUUGGUGGUCGUAGAUGGACAAAACAACACCGUUUGGUCCACAAACGUGCCGCCCAAGUUGAACAAUACCGUUGCUGUUCUAUUGGAAACAGGGGAUCUGGUUUUGUCUUCAGAUUCAGACAGGGACACAAGGUUUUGGGAGAGCUUUAACAACCCAACUGAUACUUUCUUGCCCGGUAUGAGGGUUAGGGUGAACCCAACAAGCGGAGAGAAUCGCGCUUUUACACCAUGGAUGUCCGAAACUAAUCCUUCACCAGGAAGGUAUUCGUUAGGGAUUGAUCCUAUUGGACCACCAGAGAUUGUGAUUUGGGAAGGAGAAAUGAGGAAAUGGCGAAGCGGUCCGUGGGAUUCGGUUAUCUUUACCGGUAUACCGGAUAUGUUCCGUGUCACAAACUUUAUUUACGGGUUUAAGCUUUCUUCUCCUCCUGAACGAGAUGGUAGCGUGUACUUCACGUAUGUUCCGUCAGAUAGCUCUGACUUGCUAAGGUUUCAGAUUACGUUUGAUGGUGUAAUAGAGCAGUUCAGAUGGAACAAAGAUGCCAGGAACUGGACUUUGCUUCUGUUGAAACCGAGCACGGAAUGUGAGAAGUAUAACCGUUGCGGUAAUUACAGCGUAUGUGAUGAGAGCAAAGAGUUUGGUUCCGGCAAAUGUAGUUGUAUCGAUGGGUUUGAGCCGGUGAAUCAGAAUCUGUGGGACGAUGGAGAUUUCUCGGGUGGCUGCAAAAGAAGAGUGCCAUUGAACUGUAGCCAGAGUCUGAGAGAAGACGAGUUCAUGGAACUUAGGGGAAUGAAGUUGCCUGAUUUUGGAUCAUUUGUUUCCCUUAGAAACUCAGAGACUUGUAAAGAUGUAUGCGUUAGGGAUUGCUUGUGUAAUGCUUAUGCGUUUGUUAGAGGGAUCGGAUGCAUGAUUUGGACUAGAGAUUUGAUAGAUAUGGAGCGUUUUCAGCAUGGUGGACAGUCUAUUAACAUCCGGCUAGCGGAAUCUGAACUAGGUGGGAAGGAAAACUCAAAGCUAUGGGUCAUUAUUUUAAGUGUUAUAGGAGCCUUCUUGCUCGUAUUAUGCAUUUGGACCUUGUGGAAGUUCAAGAAAAGAGUUAAAGCUAUAUUGUGGAGGAAGAAACACCUUCCAGUUUUCAAAGAGAACAAAGACUAUUCGGUGAAGUCCUCAAGCUCGACGAGCCAAGUUCUGGAAGGUGGUCUAGUUGACACACCAGAUUUUCCCAUUUUCAGUUUCAACAGCGUUGCCUUAGCAACAGGAAAUUUCGCCGAAGAAAACAAGCUUGGACAGGGCGGAUUUGGUACUGUAUAUAAGGGAAACUUUCCAGGGGACACAGAGAUCGCGGUGAAGAGAUUAUCAGGGAAAUCGAAGCAAGGGCUAGAGGAAUUCAAGAACGAGAUCUUACUGAUUGCCAAACUCCAGCAUCGAAAUCUUGUUAGAUUAGUAGGAUGUUGCAUUGAAAACAAUGAGAAAAUACUUCUCUAUGAAUACAUGCCAAAUAAGAGCUUGGACAGUUUCAUUUUCGAUGAGAGUAAACGAGGAAGUUUAGACUGGAAGAAACGAUGGGAGAUCAUUGGAGGAAUCGCGAGAGGAUUGCUUUACUUGCAUAGAGACUCAAGACUAAAAAUCAUUCACCGUGACCUAAAAGCUAGCAAUAUCUUGCUGGACAAAGAAAUGAAUCCGAAGAUUUCGGAUUUUGGUAUGGCUCGGAUCUUCAACUACCGACAAGAUCAGGCCAACACGAUCCGAGUUGUCGGCACAUAUGGUUAUAUGGCUCCGGAGUAUGCAAUGGAAGGGAUGUUCUCAGACAAAUCUGAUGUGUAUAGCUUUGGAGUGCUGAUACUGGAGAUUGUAAGUGGAAGCAAGAACUUUAGCUUUCGAGGGUCUGAACAUGGAAGUCUCAUCGGCUAUGCGUGGAAUUUAUGGAACCAAGGAAAGACCAAAGAGCUAAUAGAUCCAACGGUGAAGGACACUCAAGACGUGAACGAAGCAAUGAGAUGCGUCCACGUGGGGAUGUUGUGUACACAAGACUCGGUAAUAAACAGACCAAACAUAGGUUCGGUUUUAUUGAUGUUGGAGAGUCGAAUGAGUAACCUUCCACGACCGAGACAGCCUACCUUCCACUCGUUCUUGAACUCCGGCGAGAUCGUGGAAGGUCAGGAUGUUGCUACGGUUAACGAUAUUACUUUGACCACUGUUGUUGGUAGAUAACUACUUUGAUGAAUUAGUUUGUUCUUCCUAAUGAUCUUUUGCUUCUCAUUUUUUCUCUCUGGAAGUCUCUUUUUUUUUCAACUUUUGUACAUAAUAAAUUUUCGUCUUGUUUAACAUUUUCAAAUACACACUUGAAUUUGAACAUUGUCGAGGAAAAUAAACAAGUCGGAUUUAUAAUCUAGCUGUUUUUUGGGGUCAGCAUAUUUAAUUGUGAUUUGUGAAUGCCAAAUAAGAGAUGUUGGAGCAUGUGGAAGACAUGUAAACUCAACCCAUGCAUGGUUUCGUAGAUAGGUUUUUGAAUUUUUUUUUAUCUGAUAAAAAACAAAUUAAUUAAAAGGGAACCAAUUGUAGAUCGCCAUGUCGGUGGAGUCCGCGAACAGUCCAAAAACCACCCAAAAUUCGGUUUUUACAGAAAAGGAGGAAGAGCAGUUCUUCAAAAGUGAGUAGAAUCCACUAAUUUUUUAAUUAUUCUUUUGCUAAAACUCAUGUUUAAGAGCCAGGGUUAAUGGUGCUCUAAAGCCAUUUCAACUAGACUUCAUGCUUUUUUUAUUUUUUAAUCUCUAAAGUCCACACGACUUUUUAACACUAAAAAGCUAUACCGAUCGUCAGGAAAAUAAAGGAUUUCCUUGAAAGCUAAACUGACAGAAAUAAAUUAUUUGGAGACAAUACUUUUACAGUUUCACGUAAGAAAAUAUUUUGGUACAAACUUAAACUAAACUCAGGCCCGUUUCAAGUAUUAUAGGGGCCCUGAGCUAAAAAAAUAUUUCCGCAUACAAAAAAGAACUUUAAAAAUAUUGAACCUUUAUUUUUGUCAACCUAUUCAGCUCUAAUCUAGGCUAGAAAAAAGUCAAAAAUCGUAAAGGUCCUGUAUAAAUGCAUCAUCAUCACAUGCACAAGACUGAACCUGACUAAACUACAUAAUAAUUAAGAGGAUGAAGCUUAGAGCAAAGAUUAAAACCCAUCACCAAAGCGAAGUAGAAGAAUGCUCCAAUAAAGUAUUAGUAGACUAAUAAGCUAAGAGCAUGAUUAUCCCUAGAAACCCAUUAAGUUUUUUAAUGAUUAUUUAAAUAUUAAAUUUUAGUUAAGGAAUUUAGUUAAGAGUCACUUAGUUUUCUUGCUCCAAUGGGAGUUUCUUAAUAAGAGAUUUCUUAAAAAAAUAAAAAUUUUAAAUAGGAUUGGAGAAAGAAGAAACACAUUAAAGAAGGAAGGAUUCAAGAAUGAAGAGAAGUGUUAUUGGGAGGUUCUUCAUCAAUAUACACUUCAGUUCUUAUCAGUAUACACAUAGUUUGUAUUAUAUAAAUCAUACAAAAGAGAAGUAUUCUCAACCA